AGCUCAUCCAGCUCUUGUGUAGAUCUGCAGCUGCCGCAGCUCCGCAGCUCAUGUGACUGUGCUUCACUGGAAACAAACAAACAGUCUCGGUACCGGCUCGUUGACAUGAGACGUUUGAGUCCAGAGUAACGAACCGAGCCGACUUCACCUUAAAGUGUCUCUGAUUUAAAAACACCUCACAAGAUUAAUGUCUGUUUUCCUAAACAGUCUACAAAUAUAUUCUGUCAACUCUCACAAACGACAAAGAAAAGCAUCAAGUCCUGAUAUUUAAGAAGUCGUACGCAGGCUGUCGCUCCUCGUGUAUUCACAUUCUGUCAGUGAAGCACAUGAAGAAGAGACAGAGCUUCAUCGUCUUCAUCGUCUCACUCCCUGGUUCUGCAUCCGUUUCCCGAACACGAUGACUCAGUGAAUCUUUUACUUAGUAUUUCCCGGGUUGGUCAGCCAUGCCGCUGAGAAAUGGCUACUCCAUCAACUCCACCCAUGCAGACGGGAGCGAGGACGACGAGCCGCUCAUCGAGAGCGAUGCAGUCCCUCCUCGGUGCUGCUCGACCCGCCUCAACCUCGCCAUCCUGAUGUUCUUCGGCUUCUCGGUGGUCUACGGUCUCCGGGUCAACCUCAGUGUUGCCAUGGUAGCCAUGGUGAAUGACACCGACCCCCAGCCGGCCCCGAACAGCUCCAUAUACAAGACGUGUCCGCUGCCACCAGGGACGGACAACACGAGUGACGCUUUCAGACAACCUGAGGGGAUCCCACAGUAUCCGUGGGACUCUGAAACUCAGGGCUGGCUGCUGGGCGCUUUCUUCUUCGGCUACCUGUGCACACAGAUCCCGGGUGGCUACCUGUCGGGUCACUACGGGGGGAGUAUCUUCCUCGGUCUGGGUGUUCUCUGCACUGCGGGCCUCACCCUGCUCACCCCUCUGGCUGCCCAGCUGGGGUCAGGCUGGCUGUUUGCACUGCGAGCGCUGGAGGGUUUUGGAGAGGGCGUGACGUUCCCGGCCAUGAUGGCGAUGUGGGCUCGGUGGGCUCCUCCUCUGGAGCGCUCUCGCCUGAUGACCCUGUCCGGAUCCGGGGCUAACUUCGGGGCCUUUUUGGCCCUGCCGCUCACCGGCUUCAUCUGCCAGACGUUAGGCUGGCCCGCUGUCUUCUACAUCUGUGGAGGUGCUGGUUGCCUCUGGGCUCUCUUUUGGUUUCUUUUUGUGUCAGAUGACCCUCGCACUCAUCGUCGAAUCAGCGAAGAGGAGAGAGAUUACAUCAUAAACUCCCUCGGACCUCAGGGUACCGGUCACGGCUGGUCCGUGCCCAUUCUGUCCAUGCUGCUGUCGGUCCCUCUGUGGGCCAUCAUCGUCACCCAGAUGUGUUCAAACUGGUCCUACUACACCCUGCUCACCUCGCUGCCCACCUACAUGAACAAGAUCAUGCACUUUGACCUCAAAUCGAAUGGUUUCCUCUCCGCCUUGCCGUACCUCGGCGCCUGGUUGUUUUCGACGCUGUCUGGUGUCGUCGCUGACCUCCUCAUCGAGAGGAAGGUGUUCAGCGUCACCGCCGUACGGAAGAUCUUCACACUCACAGGUCUGUUGCCGGGUUCAGCUUGUCUCGUUGCCGUCGGUUACGCCGGCUGCAGCCACAUCCUCACCGUCAUCUUCCUCACACUCACCUCAACCAUCGGAGGGGUGAGCGCCUCCGGAGUCUUCAUCAACCAGAUAGACAUCGCUCCACGGUACGCUGGAUUUCUUCUGGGAAUCACCAACACGUUCGGGACCAUCCCUGGAGUCGUAGCACCGAUUGUUACAGGAUACUUUACUGAGGAUCACACCCUGGCGGGAUGGAGAAAGGUGUUCUGGGUGGCGGCCGGGAUCAACGUCGGCGGCGCUCUCUUCUACACGAUAUUCGGCAGCGGUAAGAUUCAGCCGUGGGCCCUCACGGAGGAAGAGCGAGCAGAGGCUGAGAAGAAGAGGAGCGCGUCCAUCUCCACAUAAAAUACAAAGGCACAGCUGGAACAGCUUUAAAAGACCUCUGAAGUAUCAGAAUAUAUGCAGUAUUCAGACUUAAACCAGCAGAGCAAAACCUUUUUUUAUAUCUUGGGACCAGGACCGUUUGAUCAGGAGUCAUUUUAAUGUGUUUUCUAUUGAUAAUAUGAAGGUUUAGACACUGCUGAGCAUUUUAACUCAUUUGUACAAUAAUUCCAGUGAAGAGAUCAAAGAUUAUCGAGCAGUUUGGACGUCACGGGACCGGGACAGUUUGAUUAAGAAUCAUUUAAAAGUGUUUUAUUAGCAGUAAUAUGAACUGAGAUGAUGGUUUAUAGUUUUAUACGUCAAAAUCUCAUUUUACACUGAUGUUUUUGCAACAUCUGUUGGAUGUUCACUGCCUUUACCGAUCAGGAUAUUAUGUUUACUGUCAUUGAUUUAACUCUAGUAACAUUCACAUUAUCACCAGACGUGUUUGCACAUGAACUCUGCAGCAGCUCAGGUUAGACCAAAUCAAUCUGUGGAUGAGCAGGACCGAAAGUUUCAUGAACAAAACAAACUUAACAGGAUUUUAAAGUGUGGCUUUGUUUACAUCUGACCACUUCUGGGACCAAAAGAAGCAUCAGACUUCAUCAACUGUGCCAAUAUUAUGCAAAACAAUGAUCCUAGCAGACGGUUUGUUCAAUAGACCAAAGCACUUUCCUCUGCCAGGAUCUGAAUCAUUUUAGUGCCACAAACUGUGACUUUCAGUGAGGAUCUGCAGUGUUUUUAAUUGUUUUACAGACGACACAUUGUUGUUCUUCGACUACAAUCGUGAUUCUUUUUAUAGAAAAUAGGACGUUUAUAUGAAAAAGCAUCAAAGUGCGCUGUGAUUGUAAAGUUGUUUUUUAAAUAAUUUAUUUACUUUCUCUGUGCUUUGAAAAUGUUUCAUGUUGUUUGUUAAAAUGUUUAUUUUACUUUUUAUUUUACUGUGAAAAGAAUCAAGUUUGUUUUUACUGAAAACUAAAAAUGUCACAUCUCCACGUCUGACUGUCCAGACGGUUUCUACAGAAUGUUUUAACCUUACAGUGAAGUAUAAUCUACUGUAAGUGGGAAAACUUGGUUCAACAAAAGCAAGAUGACACAGUCCUACAAUGAAGCACUUAUUAGCCCCAAUUAGUACAUUUAUUUAUUUAUAUUAAGCAAUUAGUCCCUUACACAACUAUGUAUGUUAAUACCAACUACAAGCGCAACUUUCUACAGAUUGUUGUAAUCUUACAGUGAAGUAUAAUCAACUGUAAGUGGGAAAACUUCCAAUUAAAUGUUUCCAGGGUACGAAAUGUUCCUCUGUUACCGAACCAAA